GGCUCAAAGUUAAAGUUGAUAGUGCUGUUCGAAAAGCCCUGGUGGACGGCAGCCGUCUUGUCUAGAAGAUGAUUUAGAAAGGAGUAGCAGAAUUCAGCUGAACCUGCAGUAUCAUUAGGUGGGAGUUUGGUAAGUUUAUUUACUGUGUCGAAUAGUGCUUUUGGUCUGUUACUAGCUUUAUUAAUCAUGGCAGAAACAAAACUAGAGCGUGCUAAGUGUAAGGCAGAUUUGUAAUUUUUGAGAUGUUCAAGAAAGGCUUGGUGAUGAACAGUGAGGCCAGUUUUCCUAUAGAGACGUUCAAGCCGUCGACCGGAGCUCUUGAGGAUGUGAAGGUCGGGGGUAAACCAGGGAGAAGUAUGAGUAGAAGGAACAGUUCUAGUCUUAACAGGAGCAUGUACAGACAAAAUAUCAGAUAAUAUGGAGUUAAAAUUUGAAAGAAUCAGUGAAGGAGAAGAUAAAUCAAAAACAUCAGAAAGAUUAGAGGAAGCAAUAGAGGAACAAAAUGAUGUGACGUCAACAUUAUUACAAUUACGGUAGGAUAUAACAGUCUUUGCAGAUUUAUCAUGUAUAGGCAAACUAAAGUGAAAGUCUAUGAGUUUAUGAUCAGAGAUACCAGUAUCAGAGGAAGAGAUGGAACAAAUACCAACACCUGAGGUACAGAUCAAAUCAAGGAUAUGACCAUGAGAAUGAGUAGGAAAAUUAACAUGCUGAGACAAACUAAAACAAUCAAAAACAGACAGUAGUUGAGUGGUGUUAGAGCAAACAACAUCAACAUGUAUAUUAAAGUCACCAAGCAGGAGAACAGGAGAAGACAUGGAGCAGGCAAGGGUUAACAGUUCACUAAGUUGGGAAAAAAAGUUUGAAAAUGCUUUGGGAGGACGAUAGAGUAGAAUGAUAGUAAGAGAGUCAGCCUUCAGAACCAUAUAUUCAAAUGUAUCGGUGUCGUGGAAGUCGAGUUGUGUGAUACGGAGAUUAUCACGGUAGAUGACAGCGAGACCACCCCCUUUACCAUGCAGUCGUGGCCUGGACAACUGCUUAUAUCCAUAUGGCUGCAGUGGACAGAUGCAGGGACUGUUUGUCUGUUGUUCGUCAUCUUUCUGCUGAUCUCGUACCAGCUGAGAAACAGAAAGCCUAGAAAGUAUCCCCCUGGACCCACACCUCUCCCCUUAAUUGGGAAUGUUUACAACCUGGAUACUACACAACCACAUAUUUAUUUAACUAAGUUGUCAGACCACUAUGGCAACAUUUUCAGCUUGCGUCUGGGAAGCUUAAACACUGUUGUUGUGAAUACCUACAGCAUGGUCAAGAAAGCCCUUAUUGAUCAAGCAAACAUUUUCACAGGCCGUCCAACCAAUGAUGUGCUCAAAAGAAUAAUCAAGUGCCAAGCAGGUGUAACCUUCAAUAAUGGCUACAGCUGGAAGCAACAGAGGCGUUUCACUCUAAGUACUCUUAAAUACUUUGGUGUGGGAAAGAGGAGCCUGGAAGUCAUCAUCAUGGAAGAAUACAAAUUCCUGCACCAGACCAUCAUGGAUACCAAUGGGCUGCCAUUCGACCCUCAUUACUUUAUUAACAAUGCUGUCUCCAACAUCAUCUGCUCCAUGGUAUUUGGCAAGAGGUUUGAAUACACUGACCAAAGGUUUCUGAACAUGCUCGGUCUAAUAUCUAAAGCCCUUAAACUACAAACGUCUGUGUGGAUACAGCUUUACAGUGUUUUCCCUUGGGUUAUGGACCUCCUCCCGGGACCUCAUAAAGACCUGUUUUCCUGCUUCCAUCAAGUUCGUGCUUUUAUUAAGGAAGAGGUGGACAAGCAUUAUGCAGACUGGGACCCCUCCUCACCCAGAGAUUUUAUAGACUGCUAUCUUACUGAGAUUCAGAAGAGGAAAGAUGAUCUGGAAGCAGGGUUUCAUGAAGAGGGUCUGCAGUACGCUGUACUUGAUUUGUUUGUGGCAGGAACUGAGACCACAUCUACCACUCUACUGUGGGCCUUUGUAUACAUGAUGAAAUACCAAGAAAUCCAAGAAAAGGUUCAAGAAGAAAUAGACAAAGUAGUUGGACGGUCACGUCGACCCAUCAUGGAUGACAGAUCCAGCAUGCCGUACACCGAUGCCGUUAUCCAUGAGGUCCAGAGAAUGGGCAAUGUUGUGCCCCUUAGUGUGCCAAGAAUGACCAAUGAAGACACAAUAUUGGAAGGAUAUUUCAUUCCAAAGGGUACACAGAUCAUUCCUAACCUGACAUCAGUACUGUUUGAGCAGACCAAGUGGAAGACUCCACAUUCAUUUGACCCACACAAUUUUCUUAACACUCAAGGCGAGUUUGAAAAACCUGAAGCUUUUAUUCCUUUCUCGGCAGGAAAACGCUCUUGUCCAGGAGAAUCGCUUGCCCGUAUGGAGCUCUUUCUCUUCUUCACAUCAUUUCUACAAUCCUACACUCUGUCUCCUCCAGAGGGAACGCAAACAAGCUUGGAAUUCAAAUUUGGAAUGACACUCUCCCCAAAGCCAUUUAGAAUAUGCUUCACUCCUCGUUGAUUGAUUUAUACAUUUUUAGUGCUGUCAAACGAUUAAUCGUGAUUAAUCGCAUCCAAAAUAAAAGUUUUUGUUUACAUGAUAUAUGUAUGUGUACUGUGUAUAUUUAUUAUGUAUAUAUAAAUACACACACACGCAUUUAUAUAUUUCAGAAAUGUUAUUUUUAUAUAUGAAAUAUAUUUAUUUAUAAUAUAAAUUAUGAAUAAAUAAAUAAAUAUAGACAGACAUGUAAAUAUUUUCAAAAUAUAUACUAUGUGUGUAUUUAUAUAUACAUAAUAAAUAUACACAGAACACAUAUUAUGCAAACAAAAAAAUAUUUUAGAUGUAAUUAAUCAUUUGACAGCACUAUAGAUUUUACAUCAGUGCACUGUAUUAACAUUGUGGAAUAUCACUGUUUCUUCAUCUGAGAUUGUUCAAAAUGAUCUAUAAUAACUAAGUAAAACUGCAGCUUCUAGUCGACAAAUGAACCUGAGGUGUAUUCCAGAAAGCACGGUUAACUUGCCUUCAGUUAAACCCUGAACUUUCGGUUGAUUAACCCCAAACCUUGCUUACUCAAGGUAUGUGGUUCCAAAAACACGUCCGGGAGUAAGUUCAUUUAACUCAGAGUAUGUUCCUGGUUAAAACUCAAGACAUUCUCAACAGAGCGACGAAUCGACGAGUCACUAUGGAAAUGGACGCUAAGAAAAAAUGUUUCUUUCUUCUUCUUUUGUUCAAUGGUCAUUUACAUGCUUAGUCCAUAUCGCCAACUAAUAGAUGGUUGUGAAAUAAUUUUUCUUUUUUUUUCCCAUUUAAUCUUUAAUCCUUGAAAAUAAGAAUUAUAUUGUUUGUUUGAUGCUAAUUAUAAAUUAAGUCAUAUCAGAUAAGUAUUUUUAUUAUAGAAAAACAUUAUAAAAAAUGCAGAUCCAUGUGUGAGAUGAUUAUAUAAAAUGUAAUAAAUAUUUUUAAUAUAAUAAAUUAAACAUUACCUUG